UGGACGAAGGCAGGACUUAUGUGAAUGUGAAGUUAGCAAAAACGGGACCAGAGUCUCCUUCCAACGACGGUAUGGGCAGUGAACGACCCACAAGGAGAGACCGAUCAGACCCAAGCACAUGGCUAAUCUGCGUUUUAACAGCGAUCCUCAUUAUGACGGGUAUCUGCUGGAGGAUUCAUGUAUCACAGCUUCGUCAGUCGAACGAAACUUGCAACCGAAACUCUGAUCUGUCCGAUCUUAAACGAAUGCACAGCGAUCUCCGUCACCAGUUCACUGAGAUGGAAACGAAGUACAGAUCUGUCAACGAAACCAAGGCUCAAAUCUGUGAAUUGUUGACCAGCAGAAAAGAGCUGACGUGUCCUCAGAACUGGAUCGAAAACGAAAAUCGGUGUUAUAUCAUAUCCUCCUUACAGAAAUCUUAUGAUGGAGCGAGGGAACAUUGUUCAAACUUUGAUGCAAAGCUCCUCGAAAUAAUUCAAAUGAGGAAGAG